AUGUCACAACAAAUUAAGUUAGUCAAUUUAGGACGGAUAACCACUUUUUUGAAAAAUGAUGGUAUACCGAAUUUACUUUUAUGUAACCUAUCCAAAGAGUAUUUAGACACUAAUAUUAAACUAAGAUUAUUUCCCUUAAGUUUACCGAUCUUACCUGCUUUGUCUGGUCAGUUACAAUAUUUAACCUGUUUAAACACUCUACGAGUAUUAUGCAAUAGGUUUCUUUUGGAUCAUGGUAAAGAUCAUCUACCACAUAAAUUGAAUAUAAUAUCAAUUAAUCAAAUCAAGUCAAGUCAACUCUCACAAAAUAAACUUUUUAUUACCAAAAAUGAUAAAUUGUUAAUUAAGUGGAAAACUUCCCCAAAUCAACUAAAUAAAAAUAAUAAUAUUCGUAAUAAUGGUGAUGGUAGUGGUAGUAACUACAACCUUCCUUUGACCAUGCCACAAUAUGUUAGAGUAGAAGAUGGAAAUUUUACUGAAAUUAAAAAUGAUAGAAUGGUUAAAGGUACUUUUAUAUUCGAAUUUAAUUCUGAUAAUUCUAAGAUAUUGAUACAUACUAUCGAGAAUAUUGAAUUUUAUCAUUUGAAAAGUGAUAACGAAAAUACUACUAAUGUAUCAAUUUGUUAA